AUGGAUUAAGACUUAUACAUAUAUCCAGGUAUUACUAAAAACCUAACCAAAACUAUGUGUGGAAAACUAAAGAGAUUUAUAAGUAUGUAAUAUAAUUAUUAUAGAAAAACAAUUUAAAGAUCAAUCCUUUUUAUAAGAUGAUCCAAAAGUUAAGGAAUUUCUAGAUACUUCUUAAUAUGAUUAUAAAGUACUCAAUUUAACUUAGUUGAAAUAAAGUAAUAUUGGAAAAGAAAUUGUUAACUUUUUUUUUGGCAAUCUUAUAUGGUGCUAAGAUAUUAAUGAACUAAAUAAAUUAGACAUCAAUUAUUAUUUUUAAUUUAAUCAUGUUUGGUAUGAUUAAACAGAAGAAGAUUAAAAAGAAAAGAAAGAUAAAUAAGACUUUUUAGAAAAAUAAGAGAAAAUAGAAAAAUUAGAAAAAUUAGAAAAACUAGAAAAUCCUUCUGAUCAUGAUAUCAAAGUAAAAAAAGUUAAAAUUGAUUGA